UCUCGCUUUCUCCUUCUUCUCUGCGCAAAACGUUCCAUGAAUGUCCCCCAAAUCGGAGCUUCGAUUCAUGCAUCAUUGAUGGAUUCCUAUUGAACAAUCUUCCGUUACAAAGGGUUAUAAUAACAAUCUCUUGAAUCUCUGCGAAGGAGUGAAAUUGGAUUCGGAAAUUUUCGUGAUCAGAGAUGGCGGCGGGGGCAAUGGUGACCGCCACGGGAGCGGUGGUGGUUCUGUAUCUGCUGGGAAGGCGGAUCGUGUGGGCUCGAGACGGGGAAGACGAAUCUGAGCUUGGCAAAUCGGGGAGAUCCGGGAGGAGGAGGAUCGUGAGGAGGCCGGCUCAAGCUCCGGCGACUUGGCUCGAGACUAUCUCGACUCUCUCCGAGACGCUGCGGUUUACGUAUUCGGAGACGCUGGGGAAGUGGCCCAUCGCCGAUCUCGCUUUCGGUAUUAACUACUUGAUGCGUAGGCAGGGGAAUUUUUCGAGUGCGAGUGUAUAUGCGGGAAGUAAUUGUGUAGAGUUAAAAGGAGGAGAGAUUAUUAUUGAGUUGACGGAGUUACUGAGGUUUUUGACACUCUGUAUGCUUUUCUCCAAGAAGCCGUUUCCUGUGUUUCUCGAGACUGCUGGUUAUUCUCAUGAAGAUGUCCUUCUUCAGAAGCCUAAAGCUGGGAUUUUGCAGCCUGCCUUCACGAUCAUACGUGAUACCAAUUCAAAAUGUUUCCUGCUACUGAUUCGCGGAACUCAUAGCAUUAAAGAUACACUUACAGCAGCAACUGGUGCGGUGGUCCCUUUCCAUCAUUCAGUGUUGCAUGAUGGUGGUCUAAGCAACUUAGUCUUAGGUUAUGCACAUUGCGGAAUGGUUGCUGCAGCUCGUUGGAUUGCUAAACUUAGUGUUCCUUGCCUCAUCAAGGCCCUUGAUGAGAAUCCUAGUUACAAGGUUCAGAUUGUAGGUCAUUCUCUUGGGGGCGGGACAGCUGCACUUUUAACCUAUAUUCUUAGGGAGCAAAAAGAGUUUGCCUCGGCUACUUGUUUCACUUUUGCACCAGCUGCUUGCAUGACUUGGGAUCUAGCAGAGUCAGGCAAGCAUUUCAUUACUACUAUUAUCAAUGGAUCUGAUCUCGUCCCUACAUUCUCUGCUGCUUCAGUAGAUGACCUUCGUUCUGAGGUAACCUCGUCCUCAUGGUCAAAUGACCUGCGUGAUCAGGUUGAGCACACCAGGGUCCUUAGUGUUGUUUAUCGGUCUGCAACAGCUAUAGGAUCACGUUUGCCGUCUAUAGCCAGUGCGAAAGCAAAAGUGGCUGGUGCUGGGGCGAUUCUGCGCCCUGUCUCAAGCGGCACUCAGGUCAUGCUAAAGCGUGCACAGGACGUUGCGCAAGCCGUAGUGCAGACUCGUUCUUCUCUCUCAUCAUGGUCUUGCAUGGGACCACGACGUAGAGCGAUCAGCUCUCAGCUUAACUCUAAAGUCACAGACUUGCCCGAAGCCUCUGCUAUAAUUCCCGAAAGAAGAAGCACAGAAGCUCUACUGGCUCAAACCUUAGUGAUAGACCGAAAGGCUCACAAGAGAACAGAGCAUUGUUCUUCAAGCAGCAGCGACUCUGAACCAGAAGAAGAAGAAGAGCCGUUGAUCUCAAUCGACCAAGUGAUCACUGAAACAUCUUCAGUAGAAGAAGACGUGACAGAAGGUGAGUUAUGGGACGAACUGGACAAAGAGCUGACUCGACAGGAGAAGGAAAGAGCCAGCGGAGCUAUGGAAGAAGAAGCAGCGGCAGCAAAGGAGAUAACAGAGGAAGAGACUGUCAUUACAGGAGGCAGUGACUCCUCCAACGGACAGAACCAGAGUCCGGGUUCAGCAUCUUCGUCUGACUUUAUAGAGAGCCAGCGGUUCUACCCGCCGGGUAAGAUAAUGCACAUAGUGUCAGUGACAGAGACAGAAUCUGAAACAGAGCAUGAUGAGGCAAUGGUGGUGGGGACAAGGACGGCAACGGUGGAGCGUGUGAGAUUAUACGAGACGCCAAGAGAAUUGUACAGAAAGAUGAGGCUAUCGAGAACAAUGAUCAAUGAUCAUUACAUGCCAAUGUAUAAAAAGAUGAUGGAACUCUUGAUUACUGAGCUCGAGUGUGACCUACACUCUUCAUGAGCUUUCCUACGCUCAGCAUCAACUGUACAUUGUUUAAUAUUUAUACACAGUUUAAUUUACAUGCUAUUUUUUAUGUAAAGAAUAAUAUUAUCUAAUAAUUGAUAGUGAUUAUUUUAGUCUUA